AUGGAGAACCACAAACCCCCCAAAAGACCAAAGCUAAGAUGGGACAUCCCCAUGCGCCAAGCCCUUUGUUGUCUGUACCGGUUUUUCCGAUGCGACAACAAACAGAAAGAAGAGAUCUUCUUCUCGAUGUUCCGAGAAUAUCUCAGAAAGCGUGGAAUCCAUCGGUUUGUUCCAGGCAGAACGCUCCACGCACAGUGGAACUGGAUGAGAAACACUGGUGAUCUUGUUUGGGCUCAUGUCCAUCGGGAUACUGAGUUCAACAUGGAUGGAGAAUGGAGAAAUGUAAUCCAACGAAUCAAGGCCACCGCAGUCACUCUCCAUCUUCCUCUUCUUGAGAAGGAAGAAGACGACAUCGACACUACUCAAUGGGGGACGCGGGUGGCAAUGGCCUUGGGCCCGAGAACUGAGUCCCCCCCGCAGACCCCCCACCCCGUGCCAUUUCCACUGCGCCAGCGAAGAGCAGAGGAAAGGAGUCACUAUUUUGCUGAAAGUGAUGAUCAAACAAGUGAAAGUAUCACGAUGAGUGUCGGCCACAAUCAAGAACAGACCGACCUUCUGGAACAAACCAACUACCGGGAACAGACUGACUAUCUGGAAAACGACGAGUCGGUUGUUACUAGCCAUGGGAAGAUUUGUCUCUGGUGCAACCACGGAUUAACUAUCGACGAGAUAGAUGGUGCCGAUGACCAGAGCCUGCACACUCAUUCUGACCAAAACAAAGUCCACGACCAAAGCCAACAGCCCCAGCAUCGGCACCAAGAGCAAAAAGAUUGGAGCCAGCAGGACCAUCACCAAGGCCAACAGCCUCAAGAUCAACAUCAAGAACAGCAACGUCAACAGGAAGAUCAACAGGAAGAUCAACACCAAGAACACCAAGAUCGCAACCACCAGCAUCAUGACCAACAAGGCCACCAUCACGACCAUGAGUUGGCCAUGCAAGGAGUUCCAGUCGACAAAAUGCCACCGUUGCUGUUUCGGUGGUCAAACCGUGACUCCCAAGGAGUCAACUCAAAAACCACUUUUCUAGCCGGUCUUUUCUGCAAUGGUGAAUGGUUCAACCCGGAAGACUUCUCUGAGGAACGAUUCGAAAGCUACUUCCGGAGCCAUGUAACCAAGCAGGAGGUUAAGACCCCAUUCAUUUCGACAUUUCAUUCUCCCUUGGCACCACUUCACCGUGCCAUUGCUAAUCAAAACGGUGCCAUAGUGACCGUUAUUGACACCUCGAAGCUGGACACGAAAGUCUUUUAUGCUUCUCCACUCGCAAUUCGAACCAGAACUCUAACCUACAGUUGGAAGGGCUACGGGGAGUACCUUAUCUGGGGCCGCAUCCCAACCAAGGCAAUUGCGUUCAGCGUGGAAAUCGCAAGUUUCGAGAAAAUAGUACAGUCCCGCCGCGACAUCUCUCGCUUGUUGCAAGUUCCUCUUAUCCGCAGCGCUCCACGCUGCAAACAGAAGUUGCGCGAGAUGCUGGCGUUAAACAGAAAGUCGCCUUUUAAGUCCGGUCGAACACUUGCAAAGUUGUUGACUCUUCUUGAAGUUCCAACGAUCCACUGGGGAAACAUAGCGUCGAGAUUUGCCAAAUCAUGGGGUUGGAAGUAUGCGAAAGAGAGAGCUCAGUUCCACAGCGGUCUUCAAAGUCCACCGCCUUAUCUGCUCGAGGAAUUGUCAGACUCUGAAAGUGAGGGCCCAUUGCCCACGCCCCAAAAGACACCGGGAAAGAUACCCCAAAAGGCCCAUUUCUCUGACAUAUUUUCAGAUUUGGACUACAAACCGCCGGAGACCGAUGAAGACUCUGAAUGGACCUCUUACUCGGAAGGUGUGUCCAAUUCUCAAUCUAUGUCAAUGUGCGAUAAGACAGAAACCUCGGAUGAUGGGAACUUCUCAACGCAUCAGACGAUGUCGAGUGGAGUUUUCCCUGAGAAUGAUGGUCCCGAACACUUCUCAGGACAGGCACAUAACCAAGAGGUGAUUGAUCUCACCUCUGAUACUGAAGAUACUAGUUCCCAACGCGCAUUGCAGCGGGACUGGCCCUCCGAUGAUGAAUAUAUCUAUCCUGAGACACCAACCAAGAUCCGAGGGACCAUUCUGCCACAAUCAGCGAGAAAUACCCACCAUCUUGAACUUGAUGGUCAGACGGAUAUGGACUUUUUCGAAAAAUUCCGUAACUGGUCUUCUCGUGAGAACUGA